ACUGAGCUUUCGGACUAAACACUUGUUUUCUUCUUCUUCUUCUUAUUUUCUUUCAAUUACUCUACUCUCGCAGAUAGUUCGCAAGUUGAUCCACAGAAGAGCAGCUCGACUUAAGAAGCAUAUCGUAAGGAAAAUUGCAGUAAUUCACUGAAGAUGUCGCUGUUGCGUACUGUUUUGUUAUUGGCUGUCGGUGCUACUGUCGCCUUGGCUCAACGUCGUCUUGCGUUGCCGGAUCCACGCAGUUGUGCUAAUCGUGUACGUCAUGCCACCUACCGUGACGCUCGCGGCGUUGCACAUUCGUACUUCUUCAGUUGGGAACAUGCGCCGACACGUAGUCUCGAAGUCGAUUGGUUGGAUGCACGUAAUAUAUGCCGUCGCCAUUGCAUGGACGCCGUCUCGUUGGAAACACCGCAAGAGAAUGAAUUCAUCAAGCAGCGCAUAGCACGUGGCAAUGUACGUUACAUCUGGACCUCGGGUCGUAAGUGCAACUUCGCUGGCUGUGAUCGUCCUGAUUUGCAGCCACCAAAUGAGAAUGGUUGGUUCUGGUCUGGAUCGGGCGCUAAAAUCGGACCAACAUCACAGCGUAACACCGGCGAUUGGUCACACACUGGCGGCUACAAUCAACCACAACCCGAUAAUCGUGAAGCGGCACAGGGUAAUGAUGAGUCUUGCUUGUCGAUUUUGAACAAUUUCUACAAUGAUGGUCUCAAGUGGCACGAUGUGGCUUGCCAUCACCUGAAACCGUUCGUGUGUGAGGAUUCCGAUGAAUUGUUGAACUUUGUGCGUUCACGUAAUGCUGGUAUACGUCUGUAAGCGAGGGGGGCAAGCGGAAGAGAUGGCUAAAGGCAAGACGGAAAGGAGGUGGUGUCGUAGCAUAUUCUGGUUGCGGUUUGUGGCUUGUGGAACGUGAGAUGUGUGGAAUGUAGCGUGUGUUUGUUGUUGUUUUUGUUUUCAUUUUCGUUUAUGUUUUAUAUAUUUUUCUUUUUGG